AUGAUUCAGGAAUUAGAUAAACUCAAAAAGCUUUAUAAAUUAAUUUCAACAACUUUUACUAUUCAAAAUACUAAUAGUGAAGAUAACUGCAUUGAAAUUAAUAAUAUUAGUAAAGAUAAUAAAGAUUCUAUUACAUUAUUAGCAUUAAUUUCUAAUGAUGUUUUUGAUAAAAAUAAUUCAUCAAGUUCAGAACCAACUGAUAUUAAUAAUAAGUCAUUAGUUAAUUAA